AUGGAGUUGGUGGUUUCGUUGCUGCUGAUAUUCUCCGCCGCUCAGAGUCACAGCCAUUUCGGCUGCUUAUUUGAAACUGAUGUGUGUGAGGCUUAUGAGAUCUGUGUAAAUGACGCAGUGUUUGGGAGGUGUCAGGAGCUGCCGGUGAUAGACGUAAAUCAAUACGAAGUUUCACCGGCUGAUCUUCAACGCCUCCGGAGUAUCCUGCAUAAACUGUCCCUCCAAGGCCUGAGCUGGCGAGAUGACACCACUCAGCAAGUAGUCGCUGCCGAACUGUCACACCUGCAGUGGAUCCACUUACUGCGGCAUAAAGGCAUCUCCAGCGACAGCUCCACUGGCCCCAGGAUCACUACCCAGAGGGUCAACAGUAAGGAACGUGAUGAAAGGGAGGAUGAGACUGACCUGCGAGGGUUUAAGUCUCUGCACCAUUACUUCCAGCUUCUGACAGCUCUAUCCCAGCCCGCAAAUCCAGCUCCAUUUCACAAGACCCGAACCGUCAAGAGCGAUAGCACUGACCUGGGGCCUUUCUGGGAUGAGCUGCUGCAGAGAAACAAGGGGAGAAGCUCAGCAGCGUUUUACAACAGUCGGCCGGACAGUGAGCCUCCUCAGCCCAGGACCUACAGCCAGUUACAGCCGGAGAGAAGCCCCUUGCCUCAACCACAUCACGCCGUGCCCCCCAACACAGGGCUGAUCGCGCAGCUCGAGGAGUAUCUGUCACGGCAGCAAGGAGCCCUGGAGACUGACACAUAUGAUGUUGAGCCGGGAAAGUUAGAUGUGCAGGGAGCAGGAUCUCUCCGCUUCCCUCCAAGGAUCCUGACCACCCAGACCAAGGACUUGGGCAGCAAACUGACUGCAGACCAACAGGAGGGACUACGGUACAAGGCCCCGCCUGUCAAGGCCAGCGCCAGAGACCCUCUAAGUCACCUGGACGAGAACUUCAUUGAGUCGGUGGUGCAGAAGCUGGGGAACCAGCACGUCAAUGUGGACGGCCUGUCAACACAACAGCUGGACCAACUUUCCAGCGUCAUAGCCGAGGCUCUGCAGGUGGUGGACGAGGACGAAGGAGACGAAAGGAAACAAGAGUCUGAAGUGAACAAAGUCGGCUACAAUCCUGAGCAAAGCCACAUCAGAAACCAGGCUUUCCCAGAAAGACAACGCCAGGAGGAAUAUAAAGAUGUAGUUGAAGAGGGUCGCCCUCACAAAGCAGAAGUUGGUGGGAGGCUGGAACUUGAGUUCGAGGCCAACAAAAACCCAGACAAAAAGGCCAGAGCUCCCACCGGAUUCUCAUCAAAAGGAACGUUUGGGGUAGAAAAUGUGAAGAGCAACACCAUGACCAGGGCCCUGGCCUCCAGGCCCCCAGAGACCAUCCCUGAGCUAGGUUUGUUGGAAGAGGAGCUGGGAAAUUACAGACAACAGACUGGGAUGUAUCUCACACCCCCCCAGUAUCAGGAAGCUCAGGAGAACUCGCUGGGGGCAGGAGUUCUCUUCCUGGAUGUGGCUCCAGCCAAACACGAUUUAUACGGAUACAUUGUGACCGAUCAAGACCCACUGAGCGUAGAUAAAGGUCUGGAAUUAAUGGACGAUUUGGCACAUCUUCUGAAGCUGCAAAUGAGUGCCUUCAGUGAUAUCAAUGUUCUGGGACCCGCUGUGACCUUCCAAGUGUACAUCAACGCUCAAAACUUGUCAACUGUGGACGUGGCCAAUGCAGCAGUGACCAACAAAGAAACACUUGAAAAGAAAACUGGAUUAAAAAUCUUACAAGCCGGCAUGGGGGAGAAGAGCAAGCUGCAGGCGUCCCCACACCAGGCAGACGAGCAGGAAUCCACCAAGUUUAUUGUCUUAACCAUCAUCUCAAUCCUGUGCAUCAUUGGGGUCCUGGUGGCAUCAGGCAUCGUCUACUGUGUGAGGCACAGCCCCCACCACAGCCUGAAACACAAGCUGAGCUCACUGGGAGCUGAGCCCAACACCAGCUCAGAUGCCACUACAGCCUAUCAGGAGUUGUGCCGCCAGAGAAUGUCCGUCAAGUCCUCGGAGCGACCGGAGCCGGUGCACGGAGCCUCUCGUGUCAGCAGCGUCUCCUCACAGUUCAGUGACGGGCCCCAGCCCAGCCCCUCCACACGCAGCAGCACAUCCUCCUGGUGUGAGGAGCCCGUCCAGUCCAACAUGGACAUCUCCACCGGCCACAUGAUCCUGUCUUACAUGGAGGAUCAUUUGAAGAACAAAAAUCGUCUGGUGAAGGAAUGGGAGGCACUGGACGCAUAUCAAGCGGAGCCCAACAACAGCAGCGUGGCUGAGAGGGAGGACAACACACACAAGAAUAGGUCUCACCAGGUCCUGCCGUAUGAUAACUCCAGAGUCACAUUGAAAGCAGAGUCAAGUCUUUCAAACUCAGAUUACGUCAAUGCCAGCCCCAUUAUGGACCACGACCCCAGGAACCCAGCUUACAUCGCAACCCAAGGUCCCCUUCCUGCCACCGUGGCAGAUUUCUGGCAGAUGGUUUGGGAGAACGGCUGUGUUGUUAUUGUGAUGCUCACACCCCUGAUGGAGAACGGAGACCAACAGUGUCAUCACUACUGGCCGGAUGAGGGUUCUCAGCUCUAUCACAUCUACGAGGUGAAUUUAGUCUCCGAGCACAUCUGGUGUGAAGAUUUCCUGGUGCGGAGUUUCUAUCUUAAAAACCUUCAGACCAAUGAGACUCGCACGGUGACACAGUUCCACUUCCUCAGUUGGCUGAACCAGAAGGUCCCGGCGUCCACCAGAUCCUUGUUGGAUUUCCGCAGAAAAGUAAACAAGUGCUACAGGGGCCGCUCCUGUCCUAUAAUUGUCCACUGCAGUGAUGGAGCUGGACGCAGUGGGACCUACGUUCUGAUUGACAUGGUGCUGAAUAGGAUGGCAAAAGGUGCUAAGGAGAUUGACAUAGCAGCCACUCUGGAACACUUGAGAGACCAGAGACCGCAGAUGGUUCAGACCAAGGAGCAGUUUGAGUUUGCGUUGACAGCGGUGGCCGAGGAAGUGAAUGCGAUUCUCAAAGCCCUGCCACAGUGAGCGUCGCUCUCCCUCUCCCCCAACACCACCACACCCCCCCUCCACUCACACACCCCCCCACACACACAGAGGUGUUUAUAAUCCUGACAUGAAUGUCGUAGAAAAUGUGAUCUAACCUUGACUGUUGUAACAGCUUAGAAACCGUGUCUCUUCAACACCUGUAACCGACGGGGUCUGAGGUUAGAACCUUUUUAAAAACAAGGUUAACUCCUCUCUACAGGCAGAGCUGAACCGGUCUAACUUGAGGUAUUUUCUAAUUCGCCUCAUCACGGAGUCCCUCUGACUCACUCACUCGCUCUCCCUCCCCUCAUUCAAGUCCCAUCACAAGAAGAACCUCUUUCACUCUCUGAGCUUUCGGUCACUUUUCCCCUAACCCCCCCCGCACUCCCCUCAGUCCCCAACCCCCAGCUGGGCUGCCCAUCAAACAAUGUCAGGUGCUUUGCGAUGUCCUCCCGACACGAAAGGAGAUUUAUAAAUGUAAAUCGUACUGGAUACAAAAUAGUCAAAUGAAUGAAACCCAAAUGUGCCGUCAAACAUGUUUCCUCGGAGGGUUCAGUGCUUUAGAAAUUUGAGAAUGAAAUCCGUUCUGAAAUACUGCGAAGUUUACAUCUCAAAGGUUAGCGAGUUAGAAGACACUUUCUCUCAGGAGAUAAACAGCCCCGAUAUAAAACCUGGCAUUCCACCCCCUUGGAUGACACAUGAUAAAGACCUGUUUUCUUUAACCUUAAAAUUUAACUUGAUUCAAAAUUGGCAAAAAUCCCUUCAAUUUCAAUCUGAAUUGAGAAGCCAGUUUUCCAUGGUGAAUAAAAAAAAAGUAUCCAAAUAUAGGACUGAAAUGUCCACAAGGAAAGUUGUAGAGGCCAGGACAUUGGACUCACUUAAUAAUCAGCUUGAUGGGAGGAUCGUAGGGUGGGUGUUCUGAAUGGAUGGGCCAAAGGGCCUCCUUCUUAAAGUUG